AAUUUGACCCUCCCUCCAUCUGAAUUUGACGCCGUUACCUUCUCAUCCCACCUUUUUUUUUUCACAUGACCAGAGCCCACACAACACCUGCACACUCCCCUCCCCAUCCUCUUUCUCUCUUUUCUGACUUAUCCCCACCACCGCAUAAUCCCCACAAACCACACUGGACGCCAUCGCCCAGGCUUGCUCCGGCCAUCUUCCCCGGUGCCGGCACACCCGCGCCGCCGAAUCCCCACAUCUGGUAAUCAUCCACGCGCACCCGGUCGACGGAAACCACCACCCUCACCCCCACCAUUUCUACCGCCUCCGACAACCGUGGGAACCAAGCCUCCUAGGCGUGACACGGACAGGGGCGGAGGCGAGAAGAUGAUGUGGCCGUCCUGGGUGUCUAGGGGCUCCAGCAGCCGUCGUCAGGGAGGCAACUGAGUCCAUGGCUGAGGCACACGCGCGAGGAUCCUAUGCUGAAGGCCCCCGGCCGUGCGCCGGCUCCUCUGCCGCCCAGACGCCCGCGGUCAUCUCUUCCUCCGGCCGCGCGCCGUCUCCCCAGCCGCCGUACGUGCGCCGUCUCCUCCGCCGCGUGGGCACGCGCCGUCUCCCUGCAUCCGGCCGAGCGCAGUUCCUCCCGGCGUCCGCCCGCCCAGCCCCCCCCCGCUCGCCGCCGCCAGCCCAGCCUUUCGGUUGUGACGAGCUCGAUUUAUUCGGAGGCUGCCAUACGGGAUUUGCCCCACACGGGCAACGCGGCGGUGGAUUCGUGAGGCCAAUGAGCAAGGCCAGCGCAACAAAUGAAUGUUUCCAUUUGAUCUUUUCUGCUGAUCUCCACGCGAUUUUCUAUAAUUUAGAUUGCUAGUGUACUACUCUUCCUUUUUUGCAUUGGAAUUUCUAGUGUAAUGCUCAUAGCAAUGUAUCGUGGUUUGCGUUCUACGCGUGUACUGAUGGAAUUUUGUGUACAAAAAAUGCUAGGAUUUGGAAAUCUAUGUGAGGAUUUCAUGGUGGCCACGCUGAA